UUGUAAGUAGAAUUGUCCACGUUGAAAGCACGUGGAGACCACCAUGUCACGUGGAGACCACCAUGCCCCCCAAUGAGGAAAACCACCAUGUCCCCCAAUGAGGCAAAACCACCAUGUCCCCCAAUGAUGGAAACAAAGCAGAUUUGCAAGAUAUGGUGAGCUGGGGUCAGUUGCUUGUGAUUUGGGCGUGAUAUGGUUGAGUAACGUCGCGACGUCAUUUCAAGCUCACCUCGACGUCGAAUUAAGGACGGGUACCCACUGGGACAGAGAGAGAGAGAGAGAGUGAGAAGGUCCUCCCACAUGGUUUAUGAGAGCAGGAGGAGAAGGAGGUGAGUGGUGAGAAGAUGAGGUUUGAGGAGAUCCUGGACGAGGUGGGGGGGUUCUCCAGGUUUCAAUUUGUGCUCCUGAGUGUGCUGUGUGUCCCUCGGGCCAUCCUGCCACUGCACUUCCUCUUGCACAACUUUGUGUCGGCCACCCCCGCCCACCGCUGCCGCUCGCUGCACGCCAACAUCUCCAACACCACCUGGGACUCCUGCACCCUCCACCAGGACCAGGGCCAAGACCAGGACCAGACCGGGACCAACAGGACCGGCUCUUGUCCUCAUGGCUGGAUCUACGACACAUCGGAGUUCACCUCCACCACCGCCACUGAGUGGGACCUGGUGUGUGAGCAGAGAAGAUUCAACCAGGCCUUGGCAACCUACUUCUUCCUUGGGGUGACCUUCGGCGCCAUCUUGUUUGGAUACCUCUCUGAUAAGUUGGGACGUAAGCGGAUGUUGGUGAUGGCGUUGGCGGGUACCACCACGAUGGGCGUGACCUCGGCUUUCUCCAACUCUUACAUCAUGUUCGCCGUGUCGCGGGCGCUGUGCGGCGCCGGACUUAGCGGCACGUCCAUCAUCAUCACAGUCCUGGGCUUGGAGUGGAUGGACGUGGAGCACCGCACCUUGAUGAGCACCAUGAUCAGCCUGGCGUGGAGCGUGGGCAACAUGCUGCUCGCCCUCCUUGCCUACACCAUCCGAGACUGGCGCCACCUGAUGCUGGCGGUCACGGUGCCCUGCGCGCUCUCUCUCCUCAGCUGCUGGUGGCUGCCCGAGUCGGCCCGCUGGCUGCUGACCAAGGGCAGGACUGAUGAGGCCCGCCAGCACCUGCUGCGCUGUGCCAAGAUGAACAGGAAGGACCCCGUCAAGCUGGAAGCAAACCUGGUGACCCUGGUGACGCUGCCCCAGGUGACGCUGCCCCAGGUGACGUACUCCUACCUGCACCUGUUCACCACACCUGAGUUGAGGAAGAUCACGCUGGUCUCAGGAGUCGUCUGGUUUUCCGUGGCCUUCCUGUACUACGGCAUCAGCUUGAGGAUCUCAGGCUUUGGAGUCAGCAUCUACUUGACUCACUUCAUCUACGCCGCCAUCGAAGUUCCCGCCAAGAUCUUCACCUACUUCCUGCUGGACCGCAUUGGACGCCGCAAAGGCCAGGCCUGCUUCCUGAUCACCACUGGACUUCUGAUCGCACUCAACAUCACCGUCCCACUAGAGUUGUGGCAGGUGCGCACCUGUAUCGCCGUGUUGGCCAAAGGCUUCUGUGAGGCAGCCUUCACUACUGCCUUUCUGUACUCUGCUGAACUCUACCCCACUGUCCUUAGGCAGUGCGGGCUGGGCUACACUUCCAGUCUGGCUCGCGUGGGCAGCUCCUUGGCGCCCAUGAUGUUGCUGCUGGAGGACGUCUGGCUCCCCCUGCCGCCCCUAAUCCUGGCCCUCAUGGGCACAGUGAGUGGAGGCUUGGUCUUCCUCCUACCAGAGACCCUUAACAUACGGCUGCCUGAGGAUGUGGUGGACGUGGAGGAGGGAAGGCACAGGAAGUUGGACGCUAACCACCCAGCUAGCAUGGAGAUGACCUGACACCACCCAGCAUGUGAUCUUGGAAUUCUUUCAUCUGUUGGAACCAUGGCAAGAUUCAAUAAAACGUUUCAAAUUAA